UUGUAUCAUCUAAUCAGCCAUAUCUUUUGUGUCGUCAGGUUUCCCCACAAGACUUGGGAUGAUAAUAUAUGCUGUGCUUCAGGUGGUAAUCACUGCGCUUAAUGCACCAAUAGUUGACAGAGCCGGAAGAAAGCCGUUGCUACUGGUUUCUGCGACAGGUUUAGUGGUAGGUUGUUUGAUCACAGCAGUCUCUUUCUAUCUCAAGGUUCACAACUUGGCACAGGAAGCAGUCCCGGUCCUGGCUGUUGUUGGUAUUAUGGUGUACAUAGGAUCGUUCUCAGCAGGCAUGGGAGCCAUGCCGUGGGUGGUCAUGUCUGAGAUAUUUCCCAUAAACAUAAAAGGAGUAGCAGGAGGCAUGGCGACGCUGGUGAAUUGGUUUGGAGCGUGGGCCGUUUCUUACACUUUCAACUUCCUCAUGUCCUGGAGCUCUUACGGAACUUUCAUCAUUUACGCUGCCAUUAACGCCCUGGCCAUCGUCUUCGUCAUUGUCAUCGUGCCUGAAACGAAAGGGAAGACACUGGAGCAGAUCCAAGCUGUGGUCAAUCCAUAGUCCACAUGAUGUUAUUUUUACUAGGUGUUCUCUUAUCUAUUUAACAAUUGGGACCUAAAGUAGCAAUCUUGAACCUCUUUGCUUUUUAAUGAAUUGUUAUCAAUCCCUCUCGCUUUCUAUUAAUUGUCUUAUUGAUACGCACUUUCGAGUUCAAAAGGCGGAUCCUUAGAUUUUUGAUGUUUUCCAUAGUUCCUAUAUA